AUGGAAAAGUUGCAUGAUAUAUUAUUUACAAAUUCGGGUUUAAUACAAUGGCGCAACGAUUCUCUUGAAAAUCUGUCAAAUGAAUAUGCUAAAGACUUUCAAGAAUAUGAAUAUAUUCUAAACACCGGCGAAACAUUGAGAGGAUGGAUUAACACAAAGGAUUUUGAUGAAACAAAACAGAUAAUUGUCAAAUGGCGAAAGGAGGAAUUCGUUAAGGAACAUUGUGGCGAUACAUAUAAUCUGAUGAAUAAUGCUGAACCGGAGCAGAAGAAAAUUUUGAUAAAAAACUGUGUUGAUCAAUUUCCACGGGCUUACAGAACAUGGAAUAGGGAGACAAAUAAAAAAAUUGAAAAUUUUAAAUAUAUGAAUCUUAAUGAUAUGGACCAUAAAUACAAUAGUUGGCGCCGCAAGCUUAGCCCCUUUUCUUUGCUGCUAAAUUCGGCCUAUUUGAAAUUUGCCGAAAAUCUCAUUGGAAAACUGAUGGCAACGGUAAUACCUCAAUACAGUUUGACCUUAUAA